CUACUCUGUCCUAUAGGGUCGCUAUGAGUCAGAAUUGACUCAACCGCAAUGGGUUUGGUUUGGUUUGGUUUUUAGUGUCUAGAGUUAGAAUUAGCAUCUUUCCAGGAGGUAGGAUCAUUGAGAUGUAAAUCCACCCAGGAUUUCAAAUUUAAUGACUUAGAGAAGUUUUUAUAUUAUUUCAAAAUUAAAAGAUGCCUCUUUUAUCUGGAUCAUAAAAAACAUAUCUCCCAUUAAUUCCUUAUGUUCUUUCUUUGCAUCAGUUCUCUUUUUCUUUUGUUCCAUCUCUUUACAAGUGUGUAUAAUUUAUUAGUUUUUUCAGAGAAGAAGCUUUUAGAAUUGUUGAGCUUUUGUUUAAUAUUACAACUUAAUGUAAAGACAGUAUUCAUGUAACCAACCAAUGCCCAAGGCAAGAUGUAGAACAUUGCCAGCACCCAAGUGGUGUUCUGUGAUCCCCUUCCCAGUUAUACCCUAACCUUACACCCAGAGAUCAUUACCACCCUGCUCUCAGUAGCAAGCCCUUUCUGGCCUUUAUAGUUUUGCCAUGUAGUUAAUUAUUCCUAAUUAGUGUAAUUUAUUUAGGUUUGCCUAUGUUCAACUGAGUAUCAAAGAAUUUAUAUGUAAUUCAUUUUUUGUAUCAGGAUUUAUUUGCUCAAUAUUAUAUUUGUGACAGUCAUUGGUAUUGUUACACAUAGGUAUAUUUACUUUCUCUGUAACAAGAGCUGGCAAACUUAUCCCGUGAAUAGAUAGGAAAUAUUUUAGGCUUUGCAGGCCACGUAAGGACUCACAUGAUUCUUUGUUUUUUAUUUACAAACCUUUAAAAUGAUAAAAAGUACUCUUUGCUUGCAGGCUUGCCAAAAGUUGUACUUGAUGUAUAACGUUCUAUAGUUUGAAAACUUACAGCAGUUUUUUUCAGCUAUCGAUGUACGUUUGAGUUGUUUGAAGUUUGGACUACUACAGAUAAUACUGCUAUGAAAAUAUUUGUACAUGCCUUGUGGUUCAAAUGUAUGUUUAUUGUAGGGAAAUAUGAUAAUGUAUAACUUUAAUGAUAUGUAUAACUUCAACUAAUAGGUGAUGCCUGUUUCCUAAAGCUGGUGUAACAUUUUACGGUCUCUCCAGCGAAACAGUCAUGACUUUAUAGUUAGUGCUUUAUGUGGCUUAUUUAAAAUAUCUUUCUAUAUCUAAUGUGAUCUUAUCUUCUUAAAUCUUUAUUGAUUUACCUUUCUCAUUGAGAGUCACAUUUGACCCCAAAUUAAUAUUUGUGUAUAUUGUGAGGGAGGGAUUAACCUUAUUCUUUUUUCUUCUAAUUGUCCAAGUACCAUUUUUUAAAACGAUAUCUUUUACCCUGUAAGAAUGGUAUGAUGGUGUCUUAGGUGUACAGAACUCUAACUUCAUGAAGGGGGAGAAUCAUGAUCAGCAUCAGCCCACAGUUGAUUCCCAUGAAGUGGAGGUCAGACAUACCUCUGCUCUUCAACUGUUUACCAGUUCUGACAUCAGCAGUCCCUCCUAUGCAGUGCCCACAGGUCCUGAUUUCCAAGUCCAAGAGAAUCAGUUGAAGGAAGGAGGAAGAAGUUGCAGGAUUUUGGUAUUGUCGUUUCUGGGGAAACCCUCGAUAGACUGAGAUUUUUGAACAGAAAUUUACAACUGAUCCAGAAGAUACAAAGACAGAGCAUCCCAAUUGCUGGCUACUCCCCGAGAACCAAACCAAACAAAAACAAAACAAAAAAAUGAUCAAGGCCCAGGAAUCCCUGACGUUCAGCGAUGUGGCUGUGGAGUUCAGCUGGGAGGAGUGGCAGCUCCUGCUCCCUGCUCAGAAGGACCUGUACCAGGACGUGAUGUUGGAGAACUACAACAACCUGGUGUCUGUGGGGUAUCAAGUUAAUAAACCAAAUGCACCAUGCAAGUUGAAAAGAGGAGAACAGCUAUGGACUAUACAAGAUGAAAUCCAUAGUCGAACCUUUUCAGAAAUUUGGAAAGUUAAUGAUCAUCUGCCUGGGCAGUCGCAAAAUGAAAGGGUGAAUAGAAUGGAAAGCUGCCAUGAAUAUAAUGCAUAUGAAAAUAUUUUUAAUUGGCAAAAAAGUCAUUUUACUUUACAUCGAAAUGAUGGUAUAUUUGACUUACUUGGAAAAACUGCAAAAUCAAAUUUAUCUUUAAUCAACCACAGCAGAAGCUAUGAAAUAAAGAACUCUGCUGAGCUUCAUAGAGAUGAAAAAGCCUUUUGCCAUACUAACCAUGAACAAUUUCAUACAGAAAUUAAAUUCUCUGAGAGUCAAAAAUCCAACAGCAUGAAGUCCCAAAUCAUUAAGCAUAAGAAAACUCACAAAAUAGAAAAAUUGCAUGUAUGCAGUGAAUGUGGAAAAGCCUUCAUCAAGAAGUCUUGGCUAACUGAUCAUCAGAUCAUUCACACGGGAGAAAAACCCCAUAGAUGCAAUCUAUGUGGGAAAGCCUUCUCCAGAAAGUUUAUGCUAACUGAACAUCAGAGAACUCAUACAGGAGAAAAACCUUAUGAAUGCACAGAAUGUGGGAAAGCCUUUCUUAAGAAAUCACGGCUAAAUAUACAUCAGAAAACUCAUACAGGAGAGAAACCCUAUACAUGCAGUGAAUGUGGAAAAGGCUUUAUCCAGAAGGGAAAUCUCAUUGUUCAUCAACGAAUUCAUACAGGUGAGAAACCAUAUACAUGCAGUGAUUGUGGAAAAGGCUUCAUCCAGAAGACAUGUCUCAUAGCACAUCGAAGAUUUCACACAGGAAAGACGCCAUUUGUUUGCAGUGAAUGUGGAAAAUCUUGUUCUCAGAAGUCAGGUCUCAUUAAACAUCAAAGAAUUCACACAGGAGAGAAACCUUUUCAAUGCAGUGAAUGUGGGAAAGCCUUUGCCACAAAGCAAAAGCUAAUUGUACAUCAAAGAACUCAUACAGGAGAGAGACCGUAUGGCUGCCCAGAGUGUGGAAAAACUUUUGCUUACAUGUCCUGCCUUGUUAAACAUAAAAGAAUACACACAAGGGAGAAACAUGUAGAUGCAGUCAAGGUGGAAGACCCUUCUGCAGUGAGUCACAGCUCAUCACAUACCAGUGAUCUCAUGCAAGACAAAAACCCUGUUAAUAAAGUGACUAUGCAAAUACCUUCCAUGGCAGUUCAGACAUCAGUAAACAUCAGCGAGGUCCUACCAAAUAGGAACAUAGUCCUGGUGGGGCAGCCUGCUGCCAGAUGUGAACACUCAGGAGAUACCAGAGAAUUUGUACAGGAGAGAAACCUUAUGAAUGCAGUGAAUGUGGUAGUGCCUUCAGUGAUCAAUUAUGUCCUUUAUUAUGUCACAGAAAACUCAUAGGAUAAGCUCAAAAACAUUCAGUGUGGAAAGGGUUGAGCAAAACUUUCUAGCUGAUACCUCAUUAUAUGAUUUCCAGAUGGAAAUCAUAUGAAUGCAGACACUGGGAAAGCCUGAUAGGCUCAUCCUAUGUAAAUAUUGCAUUGAUAUCUGUGGUGCAGUGAGUUCCUUUAUGUGGCCUUUUGCCCUUGAUUCUUGGAUAAAUAACUUAGGAGAUACCCAGAGUUGUUUUCUACCCUUUAUGGUUUGUUACUUUUGUCUGUUCUGUCUAGGUGGCCCCACCUCACAUAGUAAUUGACAAUGUAAUGACAAGAAAGCUAACACAAGAUACCUUUGCCAAGUAAUUCACAGAGCAUGAGUUUAUUGACAUUUCCUGGGUAGUUGAAGUUUGGUCGGGCUCUGGUGUGGCUAGGAGAGGACCCUAAGUUGUAACCGACAAGGAGUAUGAGUAAUGACUUACAUAAUGGACGGAAACACAGAGGGUUUUUGGGACUUCUUGCUGAGAGCUGAGAGGGUUGGCGGGUCCAUUAGAACAUAGAAGCACCGUGCCAGAAACCAUCCCAGGCUUGGAUGAAAGAGGUGUAACAUGCUUAGAGUUGUGGACGGUGGAGUGGCUGUAACUGCCAUAAGCGGUGGAGACAAGUGUAAGUGGAUGCUGAGCCAGCAUAGAGCAAAGAGCUGUGUUGAUGAAAGCUAAGAUGGGAGAAGAGUGACUGUGGCAUGAGUGGAGCUAUCUUGAAGCUGCUAGUUGAGAGCUGGAGCCAGUCAGCUACAAGAGCAGAGCUGGUGAAGAGGAGCCAUGGAGAGAGAGACAGCACAAGUGACAGUAGCUGCUGCUUCGUGGGACGUGGGACUAGAAUGACAGUACAGAGCCUGACACCUCAAGCCGAGCACAUAUACCAGCACCCAAGUAGAAAGCAUGGGCCUGGCCCAGACAGAAGCAGCAGCGCACAGGGCCCAGAGUACAAGAAGUGUGUGGCGCUGAACUGGCCUUCCACAGAAAGGGACUGACCCAAGCUGGAGCCCCAAGCAAGGGAAACAGCACUGCAUGACAAUAAAGCCCUGUAGGAAGAAGUGAUUGAAAAAGAGCUCACCUGGAAAACAGCUAUCUUGGUCCUCAUUGACAGCCAGUAGGGAGCUGUCCAGGUCCUGACCACAGUUUCCUGGUUGAAAGUUUCCUGAUUAAUGUGAGUGAAUAUAUGUUCUUGGGAGGGUAAGCGGGUCCCCUUUGAGAUGGUAUGGCUCUGUGCUGUACCCCUCCCACACCUCACACUAUAUGUUUCUCUGUUCACAUCCUUUGUUUAUAUCUUUCUCUGUUUGUAUUCUUCUCUGUUAUAUUAAAGUUGCUAUCUCAGGUACGGUGUUUCUGUGAGCUCUGCUAGAAUUUCAAUGAAUUAUUGAACUCAGUAUAUAUAGAGUUGUGGGAUGGCUGGUGUCAGAUGUAAUGGAGAAGUUGGAAAGUGGGAAUAUAUUUAAUCUCUGCCUCAUUAGAACCAACUUGAUGGUUUAUGCUGUUUCUCAUAGUCAAAGUUAUUCAUGAAGUUAUCCUAAUUUAAUAUAGAUAUAAUCUGAUGUUAAUCUGAACACAUACACAUCAAUUGGUCUACUGUAUCAAUUAAACAAAGAAAAGUCUGAGUUAAUCUCAGUGGAGCAAAUAACUAAUGUGAAUUUUUAAAACAAAAGAUAAUCAGUAUCUGGAAUGUUGCUGUAAAUAAAAAACCACUUAAGAGGUCCUUGGUUGGUUGGAAAGGGGCAAUAUUUGACUAGUGGUAUUUGAAGCACAUACAUGUUAGUUUACUUUCCCCAGAUCAGUGUGAAGGAUUAACUGAAAACCAGAAUAUCCACCAUAAAGUUUUAGAACUUCAUAUUAUGCAGAGGGACCUAGGAAACUUACAUUGAGUCUAUUCAUUGAUGUAAUGAAUAUUUGUCACAUGCUUCCUGGGUCACAUGGUCCCAUUCCAGUAGGUGAGGAUGAAGUAGUUAAUAAAGGAAAAUUCCAUGCCCUCUUGGGGAGAGCACUGAGUUAGCUGGAUUAUAAUUUAAGCGGAGUUUUGACAUUUCAGUUGAUCUAGUCAGAGGAUGCAAUAUCUACAUCAGGUGAAACAGACAUGGACUAAUUGAUACAGGGGGUUUAGUUAGAAUUUUUAGGAAUGAGAAAAAUCCUAAAAAGUUCUUAUGGUAAUAUUUUAUUAAAAAAAUCAGUUGCCAUCAAGUUGAUUCCAACUCGUGGUGAUCUCAUGUAUGAGAGUAGAACUGUGCUCGAUAAGAGUUUUCCAUGGCUGAUUUUAUAAAGCAAGUCACCAGGCCAUUCUACCAAGCUGCUUUUGGUUGGGCUUUUAGUUAUCAGUUGAGUGCCUUAACAAUCUGUACCGCCCAUGGAUUCUUGUGAUUAAAAAAAAAAAAAUUAUGAAAUUAUGGCUCAAAGACAAUACCAUUUUUUAAAUUCUUGAUCCAUAUUACCAAAUCGCAUUUCAAAAAAAUUAUCUUAAUUUAGUGCCACCAGCUAAAUUGAGGAGUCCAGCUUUCACCAUAGUUUUCUCAGAACUGAGUACUCAUUUUAUACAUUUAGCUAAUUUUAUAAUAGACAACUCUCCAUUGUUUUUAAAUUUAUUUUUGAUUAGUAGAAUGGUUGAUU